AAAUUACGUCAUUAACGUGAUGAUGUUUUUGUGUUCCGCGAGUGUGAAUGCUUCGCUACCGGCAUUUCCACUUCAUCCUAAAUAAAUAAUUUUAUUUUAUAGAUUUCCUAACUACACACAAUGCCAUCACCGGAAGAUCAUCAGCCAGGGACGGCCAAGGAAGCAGUUCCAUGCCGGACAUGUACGGAUUUCAAAUCUUGGUCCAAGAUGCAACGGAAAGCCCUGUCCACAAGUUCAAAACCACCUCCAUCCGAAGUAACAACCACCAGUAAACCCACCUCGGCAGAAACAGGUAACCCACCGAAACACUGCCCCCUGGACAAGGAUCGCCUCGGGCGACACACCUGGGGCCUGCUGCAUACUAUGGCAGCCUAUUACCCGGACGAACCCACGUCGCAGGAUCGAACCAACAUUCGGCAAUUCUUUGAAGCAUUCUCCAAAGUGUACCCCUGCGGGUACUGUGCGGAAGAUUUUCAAAAAGAAUUGAAGAACUCGCCACCGGAAACCAAGUCCCAGCAUACGUUGUCUCAGUGGCUGUGUCGGAUGCACAAUCGGGUCAACGUGAAAAUUGGGAAACCGGAAUUCGACUGCUCCAAGGUGAACGAGCGCUGGCGGGACGGACCGGCGGAUGGAUCUUGCGAUUAGACUAUGGGUGGGGGAGGUAUUAGCUUAGCUUUAAAACAAAAUUGUCACCUUGUUGCACUGUAAUUAUGAAAACUACGAUUAUUUGAAUGUUAAAAAGAUUGUAAAUUUUCUGUUAUGGUAUUUUAAA